UCAACAAUGGGUGACAUUCAAGCACAUGUAUCGAGUGUAUAUCGCAGGCAACGACUUCUAUGCAUCGAGAUGAGUUCGCGUGCCAAGCAAUGGGCUGAUCUGGCCCAGACCUUUAAAAAGACCUACCAAUUCCCCCAAGGGGCCAAUCACAAUUGGUUCCCGGGUCACAUGGCCCGUGGAUUGCGGCAAAUGCAAUACGAAAUACGGAAAAUGGAUGUGAUCGUGGAGGUACACGAUGCUCGGAUCCCGUUCACGGGGCGGAAUGAGAAUUUUCGUCGCACUUUAACGGGCCGGUUGCCGCACAUGUUAGUGUUGAAUAAGUCAGAUCUAGUGCCGGGUCAAGAUUUUGAUGAGAUCACGGAGGAAUUGAAAGCGCGUCACCCGCAUCUCAAUGAUGUGGUCUACACCAAUUGCCGGCAAGCUGGAAACUGUCCGGGUGUCAAGUCGAUCAUCCCCAAGUGCGCCGACUAUAUCCGCAACUCGGACCGAUAUCACCGAUCAGAGAAACCCGAUGCCAAUGUUCUUGUCAUUGGAAUCCCGAACGUGGGCAAAUCCUCCAUUAUCAAUGCUCUACGACAAUUGAAUUUAAAAUUGAAAGGGAAAGCCACGGCGGUGGGAAACACUCCCGGGUUGACUCAAGCCGUCCUGACCAAAAUACGCGUGUUCAAUGACCCUUUGAUUUACUUGGUGGACACUCCGGGCAUAUCCUCGCCCAACGUCACGGAUAUGCACAUGGGAAUGAAAUUAGCCGUUUGUGCCACAUUGAAGGACCACCAAGUGGGCCCGAUCUUCAUUGUGGACUAUCUCUUAUGGUACAUGAACCGCCACCAACUCUUCGGUUACGUCAAGGAAAUGAAGCUCAAUUCUCCGAUGGAAAACACGAAGCACCUCUUGUAUGACGUCGCCAUCAGAGAAGGGAUGGUUUUAAAUCAGAAGGAUCUGACUACAGGCCAAUUGAAGCCGUUUCCGCAAUUGGAGGAGGCCGCCACACUUUUCUUGCGUCGGUUUCGAGAAGGACGCUUCGGAAAGUUCAGCUUGGAUUUGGAUCAUUAUGGCCAAAUUCAAAAGCCUUUGAAUAUUAACGAUCUGAAUCUGUGAAUCUGCUUUCCAAUUUACAUGCUCAUAUUCUGGUGUCCUAAUAUGUUUGUUCAUUA